ACUUGCACCUGAUCCUGCCUCCAAAAAAGAGAUUCCCUCCCCCACUUAUACGUGUGAUGUCUCUCCAGGAGCAAAGCCUCCCUCCCAUUCUCCCUUCAUCCCUUUCUCUACUGGCUGAGUCCCUCCUCCUCUCCCCCUGAAAAACGGGAAGUCCCUCCGACAGUCUAACUUCCAUCCCUCCAGCUGCAACAUCAUCCUGUAGAUCGCGAGCGCUCCCUGCCCGCCCCUUCUGCCUUCCCUCCCUCCCUCCCUACUCCAAGUCUUCGGCUUCUCAUCCCCAGGACGAUGUCCUACUUCGCUCGUCCUUGCUCUCGCGGCUGCCGCCGCCGGGAACCGAUACAGAGAAGGCAGCGGGUCGCGUGAUCUUCCCGAGCCCCCUGCGUUCCCAGCCUGGGGGCAGGGGCGGCUUCGAGGAAGGGCGGGGCGGGGGCGGGGGGAAAGAAAGGGGGUUUUGUGCCGCGCCCGGCGGCCCGGCGCCCUCUUCCGAGCGUCUUGCGGGCCCAGCCUCUCCUCGCGCCCGCGCAGUCCCCGCCGCAGUCUCGGUUGCAGCUGCAGGACCGAGCCGUGGACCCAGAGGAGACCCCCAGAGGAGGCGGCAAACUUCGCGGUGCCUCACCCCCACCCCGGUCCUCAGUUGCCUGCCGGUAGUCUCUCCUCAUCCUGCAGCAUGGCCCCACUGUUCCUGCCCCUCCUGGCAACCCUGGUUCUGGCUUGGAUCCCUGUGGCCUUGGCUGAUGCUCUGGAAGGAGACAGCUCAGAGGACAGGGCCUUCCGCGUGCGCAUCGCGGGCGACGCGCCGCUGCAGGGCGUGCUGGGCGGCGCCCUCACCAUCCCAUGCCACGUUCACUACCUGCGGCCGUCGCCGAGCCGCCGGGCCGCGCAGGGCUCCCCGCGGGUUAAGUGGACCUUCCUGUCCGGCGGCCGGGAGGCCGAGGUGCUAGUGGCGCGGGGCCUACGCGUCAAGGUGAGCGAGGCCUACCGGUUCCGCGUGGCACUGCCUGCCUACCCGGCGUCACUCACCGACGUCUCCCUGGUGCUGAGCGAGCUGCGGCCCAACGACUCAGGCAUUUACCGCUGCGAGGUCCAGCACGGCAUCGACGACAGCAGCGACGCGGUGGAGGUCAAGGUCAAAGGGGUCGUCUUUCUCUACCGGGAGGGCUCUGCCCGCUACGCUUUCUCCUUCGCUGGGGCCCAGGAGGCCUGUGCCCGCAUCGGAGCCCGAAUCGCCACUCCGGAGCAGCUCUAUGCCGCCUACCUCGGGGGCUAUGAACAGUGUGACGCUGGCUGGCUGUCCGACCAGACCGUGAGGUAUCCCAUCCAGACGCCACGAGAGGCCUGUUAUGGAGACAUGGAUGGCUUUCCUGGGGUCCGGAACUACGGAGUGGUCGACCCGGAUGACCUCUAUGAUGUUUACUGUUAUGCUGAAGAACUAAAUGGAGAGCUGUUCCUGGGUGCCCCUCCAGACAAGCUGACCUUGGAAGAGGCACGGACAUACUGCCAGGAGCGGGGUGCUAAGAUUGCAACCACCGGCCAGCUGUAUGCAGCCUGGGAUGGUGGCCUGGACCGCUGCAGCCCUGGCUGGCUGGCUGAUGGCAGUGUGCGCUACCCCAUCGUCACCCCCAGCCAGCGCUGUGGUGGGGGCCUCCCUGGUGUCAAGACUCUCUUCCUCUUCCCCAACCAGACUGGCUUCCCCAACAAGCACAGCCGCUUCAACGUCUAUUGCUUCCGAGACUCUGCCCAGCCUUCUGCCAUCCCUGAGGCAGCCAGCCCAGCCUCUGACCUGGCCUCUGAUGCACUGGAAGCCAUUGUCACAGUGACUGAGACCCUGGAGGAACUGAAGCUGCCCCAGGAAGCUGUGGAAAGCGAGUCCCGAGGAGCCAUCUACUCCAUUCCCAUUAUAGAGGAUGGAGGUGGUGGAAGCUCCACUCCAGAAGACCCAGCAGAGGCCCCUAGAACCCUCCUAGAAUUCGAAACCCAAUCCAUUGUGCCUCCACUGGGGUCCUCAGAAGAGGAAGGCAAGGUGUUGGAGCAAGAAGAGAAAUACAGGGGUGAAGAAGAGAAAGAAGAGGAAGAAGAAGAGGAGGAGGUGGAGGAUGAGGCCCUGUGGGCCUGGCCCAGUGAGCUCAGCAGCCUGGACCUAGAGGCCCCUCUCCCCACUGAGCCGGUUCCAGAGGAGUCACUCACCCAGGCAUCCCCUCCAGUGAGGGCUGCCCUCCAGCCUGGUGCAUCACCACCACCCUAUGAUGAGCCAGAGGCUCCCAGGCCUCCAAGGGUCCUUGGACCACCCACCAAGACCCUGCCCACUCCUAGGGAGGGGAACCUGGCAUCCCCACCACCUUCCACUCCAGUUGGGGCAAGAGAGAUAGAGGAGGAGACUGGGGGUCCUGAGCUCUUUGGGGCCCCUCGAGGAGAGAGUGAGGAGACAGGAAGCUCCGAGGAUGCCCCUUCCCUGCUUCCAGCCACACGGGCCCCUGGGGAUACCAGGGAUCUGGAGACCCCCUCUGAAGAGAAUUCCAGAAGAACUGUCCCACCAGGGACUUCAGUGCAUGCCCAGCCGGUGCUGCCCACUGACAGUGCCAGCCGUGGUGGAGUGGCCGUGGCCCCCUCAUCAGGUGACUGUGUCCCCAGCCCCUGCCACAAUGGCGGGACGUGCUUGGAGGAGGAGGAGGGGGUCCGCUGCCUGUGUUUGCCUGGCUAUGGGGGGGACCUGUGCGAUGUUGGCCUCCACUUCUGCAGCCCCGGUUGGGACGCCUUCCAGGGCGCCUGCUACAAGCACUUUUCUACCCGAAGGAGCUGGGAGGAGGCGGAGAACAAGUGCCGGAUGUACGGCGCGCACCUGGCCAGCAUCAGCACGCCGGAGGAACAGGACUUCAUCAACAGUGGGCUGGGGACAGGGAGGGAGGCGACCCUCGCCACCUGUUCUCUCAUCCACACAUUCACUCACUCAUCAGUCAGUCAGUUAAAGAGUGUGUUAUUAACUCCCUUAUACAUUCAUUCAGAUCGAUACCGGGAGUACCAGUGGAUCGGGCUCAACGACAGGACCAUCGAAGGGGAUUUCCUGUGGUCAGAUGGCGUCCCCCUGCUCUAUGAGAACUGGAACCCUGGGCAGCCAGACAGCUACUUCCUGUCCGGAGAGAACUGCGUGGUUAUGGUGUGGCACGAUCAGGGACAAUGGAGUGAUGUUCCCUGCAACUACCACCUGUCCUACACCUGCAAGAUGGGGCUGGUGUCCUGUGGGCCCCCACCAGAGCUGCCCCUGGCUCAAGUGUUUGGCCGCCCACGGCUGCGCUAUGAAGUCGACACAGUGCUUCGUUACCGGUGCCGGGAGGGGCUGACCCAGCGCAACCUACCACUGAUCCGCUGCCAGGAGAAUGGUCGCUGGGGGCCCCCCCAGAUCUCCUGUGUGCCCCGCAGGCCUGCUCGAGCUCUGCACCCAAUAGAGGCCCACGAAGGACGUCAGAGGAGGCUCGUGGGGCACUGGAAGGCACGGCUGAACCCCUCUCCCAAUCCCGCUCCAGGUCCCUAAGGGGCAAGGCCCCCGGCACUGCCCUCUGCCACCAAGCCUCUGUAGACCCAUGCUCUCCACCACGGGGAGUGACAGCAUGAGAGGGGUGCAGCUGCAGUCCACAUGGUAGUGCCCGGAGGGGCUUCUGGGAAAUACUGGGUUGGCCAAAAAUUCGUUUGGCUUUUUCUGUAACAUCAAUAUCUGGGUGUCUCCAGUCCUGCCUUAGGCCCUCUCCCUCCUAUUCUGGGCCUCAGGUUUUUCCCUCAGGGCCUUGAGUAGGUCUCUAAGUGCCUCAACUGCCCUCUCCUUGCCAGCCAUCCUGUCCCCUCCAUUCCCCUGGAGGCCCCUGUGCCCACUCAUUCUGUUUCCCAAGAGAAUGGGUUUGCAGGAUGGGGUACCUGUAAAACAAGCAGAAAAUAAAGCUGCAUUUGAGCCGAA